CGGCAGAUGGCAGUGACGCAGAACGGACGGUUUACAGAAUACAUGAUUCUAGUUCCGUAGCUUGCAGCAUCGGUCUAAGCAACGAAAACAGCGACUUAUCUUCACAAUGGCUGAGGUGGAGGAGACGAUCAAAAGGAUUCAGAGUCAGAAAGGAGUACAAGGAAUUAUCAUUGUCAAUGCAGAAGGAAUCCCAAUCAAAAGCACUCUUGACAACUCAAGCACAGUUCAGUACGCCGGUAAUGUCCACCAGCUGCUCAUGAAAGCUCGGGGAAUGGUGAGGGACAUCGACCCUCAAAAUGAUCUCACCUUUCUCAGAGUUCGAUCAAAGAAGAAUGAGAUCAUGAUUGCACCAGAUAAGGACUAUUUCCUGAUCGUCAUUCAAAAUCCCACAGAGUAGUCCUGAUUUCUUCACAUUUGUGUUGCUAUAGUAUUUUUCCUUUUUUAAAUUAAUUGC